AGAGUUUUCUGCAUUAUCGAUUUUGAUUUGUGGGUUAUACCUUGUCUAUCUGUUCAUCGUUAGAAUCUUGUUCCUUAGCGACAACAAUACUAUAUAAGCCCCGUUUUCUAAUGUUAGAGGCUUAUAUAUUAUUGGUGUUUAUGUGUUUUUGUUGGGUUACAUUUUCAAAAUUAAGUAUUUAGUAUAAAAUUUGAUAGUCAGUUUUGUUAAACUUUUAUCCGUGAUUAAAUUAAACUAAAAUUAAAUUAAAAAGUGUUCAUAAAGUUAAAAACUAAUUGCGCAAUCGACAUACAAUUUGAAAAAUACAAUACAUUAGAGUUUAAUUGAUAAAAGUGGACUCCUAUGUAAAGAUUAUCAGCUUUUAAAGUUCUUGUUACUGGAUGAAAAUAUAGUGCUUUUUAAAGUAUACAAGAGUAAAGAAAUCUUUGAAGCUCUACAUUUACAGUUGAUGUCUGAUGUUUUAAACCUAGUUGGAGGAUUGAUAAUGCUUUGUGCCACAUUUACCAGAAACAGAAUACUAUGCAAGGUUGGACUUGUAUUCUGUUUUCUAAUGGUAUUCAUCUCUUCUACAUGGUUAGCCUACUUCUUACUUAACUUCUCCUGGGAUACUACUCCAACAACAACAUCUGCAGUACUAAGUCUGUUGUCUCAUCUGGACGUUGUUUGUGAAAAUAAAUGGGUUGUGAAUAUUGUUCUGAGCUGUCUAGAUGUUCUUAUCUCAACAAAAGCUUUAGUUUUCAUGUUUCUCGUCGUAAAAAAUAGAAAAUCUCAUCAGAUAAAAAAAUGGCGGCUCUGGCGGGAGAUCUGAGCCGAGUUAUUCUUGGUCAAAGUGAUGCUGCCAAAGCUUUCAGACCCUGGUGGGAUUAUCUAGAGGACUAUCUCAUGUAUUCUUUCGUAUUAAUGAGUUUGGUGACCCUACCAAUGACGUUUCUGUCUGGUAACCCUGUAGACUGUGCUAUACAUAGUCAAUACUGGUACAAUGAUACAGGAAAAGUGCCGCAGUACACUCGAUACAUUCAGGCCUAUUCGAAAAAGUACUGCACGGAGACAAACAUUUCAGUUUUUCUUCUUUAUCUACCCUUCUCUCUUCUCCUAGCACCCAUUUUCCUCACUGCCGUAGAGAAAUUAUUCAUCAGGUGUUUUAAUUGCGAAAAAAAGUUGGACCAAUUCUAUUCUUUGUUAGUUAAGGAGAGUUUGUGCACGGAGGAGGUUGGACACCUAGCUAAUGAGAAUAUAAAGGAAUUGCAUGAAAUCAAGCAAGCUUUUAGAAACAGUUCAGGCUGCUACAAAUCAUAUCUUUACAGAUUUUUCUUCCUGACCUUUUGGCUUGCUGUUCUCAGUUUGUUUGGAUAUGCAGGCUGUACUGCCUUUAACCUGGCUUGGCUUCUCUGUCCAAGGAUGAAUAAACUGAGAUGUCUAUUGCUUGGGUGUAAACGUAGGAAGCAAACAUUGUCUAGUAAUAAUGGUUCAAGCAGCUUAUACCAGACAAGAUAUUCUAUUGUUGGAGAGGAGAGUGUACCAGUACUAUCAGACAGGCUGGAGAUGUAUUUUGACAAGAAAAGUCGAGAUUUCAGUCUUCUUAUGGAUUUAUUGGCAGAAUCUAGUGGUAUUGUUCAGUCUCUUAGGAUACUCUGCCUGUUUGACCGACAGUUCCAGAAGAUGUGGGACCCGACCAGUAUCCAGAUACUAGAACAAACAGAUUAUCUGGGCAGUGGGGAUGAGAAGACGACAUCUAUUAACGUAUCAUGGAGUGACUGCCAUUUUGCAGACUACGCCAAGAAGAAGUUGGGAAAUAAAGUGUUGGAGUACACUGUUGAAAUUCAGCCAGAAACAGAAGCUUCAAUUAAAUCUUUUCAUUAUUACAGACUAGAGAGUUUGGUUGGCCAAAUUGGUUUACUACAGAACCCUCUAGAAGACGACCACAUUGAUAUAAAAACCGGUUUUCAAAAUGGCAAACACACAAACGGAAUGGAUAAGCAUACAGAAAGAUUCCAAAAAUACAGUACAAGAUUUGACGGAUUAGUUGUAACCCAGGAUGAAAAAUAUUCUCUAAAAGUCCUGAAAUCUUCAACAUUAUUGGACGGGAAAGGUAAAGGUUACCGUCAGGGGCUUAUAUAAGAA